AUGAUCGCUUCCACCUUCCUUCCUUCCCGAUUUCGGGGGGAGCAGCCCCCUGCCAAGCCAGCCGCCCCGUCCUGGAUCAACAAAAAAAUCACGCCUGCACUGCAGUUUCUCUCGACCCUAACCUCGUCUAAUCCGAUCCACACCAUUGUCAUCGUUGCCCUGCUGGCAAGCUCGACCUACAUCGGGCUGCUUGAGGAGAGCCUGUUCGACGUUACAAGGUCCGUUAGGAAGGCAGAGUGGUCGUGCCUGGUAGAGGGAAGUCGGACGCUGCGGGCUGGCUCGGACACGGCCUGGAAGUGGCAGUCGGUCGACGAUACUUCGCCCGUCUCGGCAGACGUCAACCAUCUUGCCCUCCUCACUCUCGUUUUCCCCGAGUCCUCGACGGAUGCGCCCAAGACUGCUCCCCUAGCAACAACGGUUCCUAUCCCCGGGAACCUGUCCAUCACUUCGCUGCCCUCGACCUCGAACUCGUUCUCUACAUAUUCUCAAGACAGUGCCCUGGCAUUCUCCAUCCCCUACAACCAGGCGUCCGAGUUUCUCUCCGCGGCCCAGGAGAUCCCAAAUGACAUCCCGGGACAGGAGAUCCGGGAGACGGAGAAUGGCCGGGAGAAGAAGAUGUGGAUCAUGAAGGCCGCCCGCGUGCAGACUAGGAGCAGCAUUGCGCGGUGGGCCCAUAACAGCUGGAUCGAGUUCAUCGAUCUUCUCAAGAAUGCAGAGACGCUGGACAUCAUCAUCAUGGUCCUCGGCUACAUCUCGAUGCACCUCACCUUCGUUUCGCUCUUCCUCUCGAUGCGGCGCAUGGGGUCCAAUUUCUGGCUGGCCGCGAGUGUAAUCUUCUCCUCGGUUUUCGCAUUCCUGUUCGGCCUGAUCGUCACUACUAAGCUUGGGGUCCCCAUUUCCGUCGUCCUGCUGUCCGAAGGUCUCCCCUUCCUGGUCGUUACUAUCGGCUUUGAGAAGAACAUUGUCCUGACUCGCGCGGUCCUCUCCCAUGCUGUUGAGCAUCGUCGAGCCCUUACCAAGGACUCCGAAAAGGGCACCAAAUUGAGCGAAGGGUCGCCGAGCGUGAUCCAGACCGCCAUCCAGGUCGCGAUCAAGGAGAAGGGUUUUGAGAUUGUCAAGGACUACGCGAUCGAGAUUGCCAUCCUGAUCGCAGGCGCUGCUUCGGGAGUCCAGGGUGGCCUGCAACAGUUUUGCUUUUUGGCUGCCUGGAUCCUCGUCUUCGACUGCAUCCUGUUGUUCUCGUUCUACACUGCGAUCCUCUGUAUCAAGCUGGAGAUCAACCGGAUCAAGCGGCACGUCGCAACGCGCAGGGCUUUGGAGGAUGACGGUGUCAGUCGCAGGGUCGCCGAGAAUGUGGCCCGGAGCAACGACUGGCCGAGGCCUGACGGCAAGGGGCAGCCGGGGACGACCAUUUUCGGCCGGCAGAUCAAGAGCACCAGCAUUCCAAAGUUUAAGGGCCUGAUGGUUUCUGGCUUUAUCAUGGUCAACGUCUUGAACCUUUGCACCAUCCCGUUCCGCAGCUCGAACUCAUUGUCUAGCAUCUCGACCUGGGCCCGGGGUCUUGGAGGCCUCGUCACCCCGCCGCCAUUGGACCCCUUCAAGGUCGCAUCCAACGGCUUGGAUCUCCUCUUGGCUUCGGCCAAAUCCGAAGGCGUGGAGACCCUGGUGACCAUUUUAACGCCCAUCAAGUAUGAGCUGGAAUUCCCCUCGAUCCACUACGACCUGUCCCAGUCCGCCUCGGGCCAGGGUGUGAACGAGGCAUUGGACCAGCUGCGAGGAUACGGGGUCGGAGGCAGGAUGGUUGGCAGCAUUCUCAAGAGCUUGGAAGAUCCGAUUCUAUCCAAAUGGAUCGUCGUCGCCCUGGCCCUGAGUGUCGCGCUCAACGGGUAUCUGUUCAAUGCCGCGAGAUGGGGCAUCAAGGACCCAAAUCUGCCGGAUCACCCCAUCGACCCCAAGGAGCUGGCAGAGGCCCAGAAGUUCAAUGACACCGAGUCGGCAACCCUGCCCCUUGGCGAGUACAUCCGACCGCCGCGAGAACAGCCAAGGGCCUUACCAGCGGCCGACAACGUUGACCUGCCCUUGGAGCGAGCACAUGCGACGACCGGAGAGGGCCAGGCCGUGCAGAGGACGCAGGAGGAGGUAGAGAAGAUGUUCGCGGAGAAGCGGGCACCCGAGCUCAACGAUGAAGAGAUAGUCUGGCUAUCAAUGCGAGGGAAGCUACCCGGAUAUGCAUUGGAGAAGACUCUGAAGGACUUCACCCGCGCUGUUAAGAUCCGCCGGACCAUCAUCUCGCGCACCAAGGCUACGGCGGAUCUGACCCACCUGUUGGAUGGAUCUAAGCUGCCGUACCAAAACUACAACUGGGAACAGGUGUUUGGGGCAUGCUGCGAGAACGUCAUCGGUUUCAUGCCUCUCCCUGUCGGUGUCGCCGGCCCACUCGUGAUCGAUGGGCAGAGCUAUUUCAUCCCCAUGGCUACCACCGAGGGCGUGCUCGUCGCCAGCGCAAGCCGAGGUUGCAAGGCUAUCAACGCCGGGGGAGGCGCGAUUACUGUCCUGACGGCCGAUGGCAUGACCCGUGGUCCCUGCAUCACCUUUGAGACAUUGGAGCGGGCGGGUGCCGCGAAGCUCUGGCUCGACUCGGAGGCUGGCCAAGCUACGAUGAAGAAGGCUUUCAACUCGACUAGUCGAUUCGCCCGCCUGGAGUCAAUGAAGACAGCACUUGCCGGCACGAACCUCUACAUUCGAUUCAAGACCACGACGGGCGAUGCCAUGGGCAUGAACAUGAUCUCCAAGGGCGUCGAACACGCCCUGAGCGUCAUGGUCAACGAGGGCUUUGAAGACAUGAACAUUGUGUCGGUGAGCGGCAAUUACUGCACAGACAAGAAGGCCGCGGCCAUCAACUGGAUCGAUGGUAGAGGCAAGAGCGUCGUCGCCGAGGCUAUCAUCCCCGCCGACAUCGUCAAGAGCGUCCUGAAGACCGACGUCAAUUCUAUGGUCGAGCUCAACGUGAACAAGAACUUGAUCGGUUCGGCCAUGGCCGGAUCCAUUGGCGGAUUCAAUGCUCACGCUGCGAAUAUCGUGGCGGCCAUCUUCCUUGCCACCGGCCAGGACCCAGCACAGGUGGUCGAGAGCGCCAACUGUAUCACCAUCAUGAAGAACCUCCGCGGAUCCCUUCAAAUCUCCGUCUCCAUGCCCUCUCUGGAAGUCGGCACGCUUGGCGGCGGCACGAUCCUCGAGCCCCAGAGCGCCAUGCUCGACAUGCUCGGGGUGCGCGGCCCCCACCCGACCAGCCCCGGCGACAACGCCCGCCGGCUGGCUCGGAUAGUGGCCGCGGCGACGCUGGCCGGAGAGCUCUCGCUCUGCAGCGCCCUGGCUGCGGGCCACCUCGUCACGGCGCACAUGCAGCACAACCGGUCGGCGCCGGCCACCAGGGCGAGCACCCCGGCGCCUCAGGUCGCCAACGGUGCCGUGACCCCGGUCGGGUUGGCCAUGACCAGCACCCUCGAGAAGGGGCUGAGUGCUGCUGCAGUCGAGAGGUCGCGGCGGUGA